AUGCGCUUCAAGGCAUCAAUACAGAACAUAACAACCUUUACAAAGCUCACAGCAUCGCUUAAUUCGCUCGGUCCGCUUGCGUGGGUAAAACUGAGCGAGGAGCAAGUAUGCUUCACAAUUAUACCAGAACAGGGCACCCAAGUAUGGGCUGUUCUUUCUAUUGACGCCAUCUUUGAAACCAUCAGCGUACAAUCAGCAGCAAACAAUGUCAUCAAUCUCGAAGUACCGCUGGCAUCACUGAAUCGCGCUCUGAAGUCAGCAGUUAAUGCGACAUCAGCCCAAAUACGCCUCACCAAGAAGGAUAAUCUGCCUAUGCUAGCUCUCACCAUUGUCACCACCACAUCCUCCAAUACAUACAGCGCCUUCCCCACAAGUAACAAUGAUGGUUUUGGUACCGCCUUUGACAGCGACUUUGGUGGGGGAAACCGUGAAACAAUCGUCACACAAGAAAUACCCGUACGAGUGCUCGCGCCAGACACAGUUGCUCAUUUGCACGAACCAGCCUGCAGGGAGCCAGACGUGCACAUUAUACUGCCGCCUCUAAUGCAGCUCAAGAGUAUUAGCGACAGAUUUACCAAGCUGGCGCUCGCAGACACAAAGACAGGUAGCACCACUACUUCGGCUAGAACGCGCUUGGAAAUCGCAGCAAACAUGCACGGCUGUCUGAAGAUGAGCAUCAGAUCAGACGCCAUGAACAUCUCAUCCAUUUGGACUGAUCUCAACAAUCCCGAACUAGAUCCAGGUCACGUGGCAGGGGGUGAGAACGGCAUUGCAGAACACCCUAGUACGCGCAUGAAGCAGCUCGGGAGCGCCGAUGGACGAAGCGAUGAAGGCUGGGCUGUGGUACGUAUUGAUGGCCGUGACUGGGGCAAAGUCAUGAGCGUCGGUAGACUGGGUGGGCGGGUCAUUGCAUGCUUCUGCCACGAGCACGCUUUGAUCUUAUAUGUUUACCUGCCCAACGACAAUGGCGAGGAUGAGUCGGUAUUGACGGUAGGUUACUCAUUUGCAUAUAGUACUUCAUUAGCUCCUACAGCGCAUAGUCAUGAGUUACGAGUAUCUUUCCAGUUACCAUCUAGUACCACCACCCCUAGGAGAAAAAAAGACCCUGUGAUCCGCAUAUUAUUACGCAAAUCUAAGCCACAUUGUUGA